ACGGCAUGCAACGGUCAUAGUGAACGGACGUGUGUGGUGAUUGUGUUAUAUAAUACUUUGUUGUGAUAUAUAAAAAAAUAUCAAGAUGUCAGUUCUACGAGCUAUUGCAGUGUUUCUAUGCGGUUUCUUUUCACUGAGGCUAUGCAGAGCGCAGAUCAUAAUGCCCGGCUCCUGUCCCGAUAUGAAGGCUAUGGACAACUUCGAUGCUACUCGAUAUACGGGGAGAUGGUACGAAGCCGAAAAAUAUUUCUUCCUAUUCGAGUUUGGAGGCAAAUGCGUCACUGCUGACUACACGCUGAGAGAGAAUGGAGUCGUCGGAGUUCUAAACCGGCAGAUUAAUAUUCUAUCGGGAACUCAAACGGAGAUCAAAGGCCAGGCAACUCAAGUGAGCCGAUCAGAUGACGCUAAACUGGCAGUAUCCUUCCCAUCUUUACCGGUCAACGUUGAGGCUCCCUACUGGGUCAUCGAUACUGACUACAAGUCCUAUGCUGUAGUAUGGAGCUGUUACGAAUUUGGACUGUUCCAUACUUUGAACGCCUGGAUCCUGACGAGAGAAAGGAACCCACCAGUGGAAGUAAUGGAGAAAGCAUAUGCAGUACUGGACAAGAACCACAUCAGCCGAGCGUACCUCAUCAGAACGAACCAGCGUGACUGUACAGAAGAGAGCUAAAAUAAGAAUAAUGAUACAUAGAGAAAGACUCAUUUCUAAAGAAAUUAUCAAUGAAAAAAGUCGUUAUUUUAGACGGUGUAAAAAAGAAGAAAAAUAAUUUAUUUAGUUUGUGUAGGUGAAUCAAGUGAAUGAAUGUUGGAAUCGGAAGCCUAAUCAAAUCUAAGGUGUGAUUCCAUAAAAAAUAUCAGACAAUAGAGACACAUUUGCGUUUAAAACUAGCAAAAAUAGUUUAUUCAGUACUACUUUCUGCCCACGAAUUUGUACGCAUAAUCCCGUUUUCUCCCGUUCUCGUAGGAUUUUCAGAAUUUUUUCUGUCUUAAGAAUACAAAUACAAAUACAACAAAAAAAAGAUGAUUGAAAUCGGUCGAGCCGUUUACGCAUGAUGGCGUAACCAAGGGAAAAAGGGAUUAAUUUUUAAAAUAUUUAUAAAUUUCAUUGUUGAUUAACCAUUUUAAUUGUUGUAGGUUGUAGUGUUACAAGCGUUCAUAGGCCACGGUAACUCCUUUCUAUCAGUUGGGCUGUGAGUUAUUUACGUCAAUCCUUUAUUGGGUCCAAAGUAAUACAAUAAGCUUCUAGAAGAGGUCUUCUAAAAUAUUGUAUUGAAUAUUAAUCAUUUACUUUAGUGUAAGUUCAUUUUCAUUGUACCUAUGUAAGCAUUCAUGCAUUUAUUUAAUCUUAGAAAAGUAUUAUACUAUCGCAUCGGUGUCCAUUUUCAUGACCUCUUACAAAAUUAUCACAAAACGCUUAUGAAAAUGGACGCAGCUUAUAAAAAUAUAUGUAAUAUCAAUUCUACUGUAGUAUUGAUUGUUUAUUAUACUUAAAUUGAAGUGUGAAUAGUUAGGCCUUAAAUCUCGACUCGUGAGAGUCUGAAUUUCGCAAUCCUACCGCCCUGAGACCCUCAAAUACUGUUCCCCAAAACUUUACUUACGAUGGUGGGUGACUGUGUCAAUAGCUGCGUCUUUUACUUAAAUAUUAUUAUUAGUUGCAAUACAUACGUAUGUAUACUUCUAUGUUUCAUUAAAUAAAAAAAACAAUAUUUUUUUGUAAAGCUGAAACUCAUAGCAUGUAUUUGGAAUAUUGAAUUAGGAUCAUUUAGAUUAAUUUAGUAAAUAAAACGAUACAUACGUCACAACAGAAAUGUAUAAUAUCCAUUAUCUACAACUUAAAUAAAUUAAAGCCUUUACAAAAUUGCUUACUCUUAUUUAUUGAUAAAAUAAUGCGAUUAAAGUUAAUUAUGUAGUACUACGA